GAAAGGCAAACUGUACACAUCAGCACCAUCAUUACAAUCAUCACUUACAAGCCCAAACCGAGUCUAUAUUCCAAACAAUUCUUCCUUUACUUCGUUUUCAACCUUCUUCGUCACCUUUUCCCCUCCUUUUUGCUCCUUCUCUUGCUUGCACCCUCCAACACUCUCCCUCACCACACCCCAUUUUUGCUUUCUUAAACCCUCUCCUUUGUCUCUCACAACCUCACAUAGUCUUCCACUACCACUAUAUAUACUUUUAGUUGCAUGAUUAACCCACAAAACAACCAUCUUCCCUUUUUUCCUCUCUAGUUCAUCAUAUCUUCCUUUCUCUUUCAUUUAAUCAAAGGAAGAACUACUAUUACUGGGGAACCUCAUUGAAAAAGAAGUGAGAGAGGACAAGUAAGUGCCAAAGAAGAAGAAGCUGAAUAGUUAGAUUAAAGAUGGAAAGGAGUGUAUUUUACUAUGUGAUAUUUCUCUUAAUGUGUCAUUUCCUCUGUUCAGGUUCAAGUAGGACACAAAAGGAAGUACCUGGACAUGUGAAUGUACUAGGACAUGAUCAAGGGAAACAAGAAUUCACUGCCUCAAUUUCUACAGUCCAAAGGGAUAUUACCACUCCCAUCACCACCAUUCCAAACUUAGUUCCAACCACUCCCACCAUUUCAACAUCUCCAUUCCUGAAUCCUAAUUCCAAUCCAGACACAGUCUCUCCAGCCUCCACAAUCCCAUUUACCACUCCCACCACUGUGAAUUCUCCAAUCUCCUCAGGUGCAAGCUGGUGCAUUGCAAGCCCAACUGCCUCGCAGACUACUCUACAAAUUGCAUUGGACUAUGCUUGUGGCUAUGAUGGUGCUGAUUGCUCAGCAAUUCAACCUGGUGGAAGCUGUUACAACCCAAAUUCCAUCAGGGACCAUGCUUCUUAUGCCUUCAAUAAGUAUUAUCAAAAGAAUCCUGUUCCAAAUAGCUGCAAUUUUGGUGGAACUGCUGUCAUCAUUAGCACUAACCCAAGCACUGGGGCAUGUGAAUAUCCAUCAACUAGCACUAGUACAUCAGUGUUGAACACAACAAACUCAAGCGGUGCCAACGUUUUUGGUUCAGUGCCAGUGCCCACAGAACCCUCUCCCUCUGCUGCUGCUGCACCUGACACAUUAAAUGGCUUUGCAGAUAUUUGUAUCGUUCUGUGGAUAAUUUCAACUUUGCAAAGAAAUUAUCUCUAAAAUGGUUGAGAGUUGGAUGUUGCUGCUCUGAGCAAAUAAUUUUUGCCCCUUUUACAGACUUUUUGGGAGACACAGAAGCCAAUAGUUACAUGACCAUCAACAGCACAUAAAUGGUAGAAACACAUGGUAGAAAGAAAAGGCAAUUUAAGAUGAUGAACAUUUGUAGAAAUAUAUACUGUACAUACCUCUUCUUAUUUAAUUUUCUUUGUGUUGCUCACUUUUUAUUUUUGUUAGAAUUGUUAGAACUUAGAAAAAUAAAUAUAUCUUUGAAGUUGCCUU